AUGACUCCCAUGGUGGAGCAGAUCUGUAUCCAGCUUGGAUGGAAACCUCAGUACGGCCUCUUCGAUGUGUUGCCACUAGUCCUGCAGGUCAACGGGGAGGACCCAGACCUUUAUGAAAUCCCUCCACACCUGAUCCUGGAGGUUCCCAUGGAACACCCUCAGUAUAAGUGGUUCCAAGACCUUGGACUGAAGUGGUAUGCUGUGCCUGCGGUGUCCAACAUGCUGCUGGAGAUUGGUGGAAUUGAAUUCACCGCCUGUCCCUUUAAUGGCUGGUACAUGGGCACUGAGAUUGGUGUGAGGGAUUUCUGUGACUAUCAGCGUUAUAAUGUCUUGGAGGAAGUGGGUCACAGGAUGGGCCUGCAGACACACAAGCUGUCCUCACUGUGGAAGGACCAGGCCUUGGUGACCAUCAAUGUUGCAGUCAUAUACAGUUUCCAGAAGAACAGGGUGACCAUCACAGACCACCACUCUGCAGCCAAGUCCUUUAUGAAGCACAUGGAGACAGAGUUCCGGCUCCGCGGCGGCUGCCCUGCAGACUGGGCCUGGCUGGUUCCUCCCAUGUCUGGCUCCCUCACCCCCGUCUUCCACCAGGAGAUGGUCAACUACAUCCUCUCUCCCUUCUUCUAUUACCAGCCUGAUCCCUGGACUACCCAUGUCUUGAGAAAUGGGGAGAAGUGCCUGAGGAAGCAACAGAUCAGCUUCAAAGCGGUGGCCAGGGCGGCGCUCUUUUCUUCAACCCUUAUGAGCAGAGUGCUGGCGAACAGGGUGCGCUGCACUAUCCUGUACGCUACUGAAACAGGGAAAUCACAGACAUUGGCCCAGGGACUGAACUCCAUGCUAAACUGUGCCUUCAACUCCAGGCACUGUGAAUCAAUUGACAUGGAACAGGAGAUCCUUCUGAUUGUGGUAACAAGCACCUUUGGGAAUGGAGACUUCCCUGGAAAUGGAGAGAGUUUCAAGAAGCAGAUUUUCUCCUUGCAGAAUCUCAGGAACAAGUUAAGGUAA